GGGUGACUCACAGAGUGAGGAGGAAACCGGAGGCCUCCUUACAUAUGUAGGUACUCAGAGCACCUCCACCUCAAGAGGACCGUCAAGGUUGGGUUGAACAACUCUUCCUUCCCCAGCACAGAGGACAGAUCACAAUCAACCCAGCAAGUCCACAGCAGCCUCCACAUCCCAGUUCAUUUCUAAAGAGGUUGCUGAGAGGAUCGAACGAGACUUCUGUGCAGACGCGCAGUGUGGGAGGCUGCAGGAAGGACCACAGUUUAUCGUUCAAGAAAGAAGUGACCUUGUUGUAUCCAGGAAAACAAUGUUCUUCUGGGUGUUAGCCCUCCUACUCCUCCUACUCCUUUGUGGUUUUCUAUGGAACUAUAAAAGACAACUAAAGAUCGCAAACGUCACUGACAAGUAUGUUUUCAUUACUGGGUGUGACACGGGCUUUGGAAACUUGGCAGCCAGGACUUUCGAUAAAAAAGGAUUUCGUGUAAUUGCUGCCUGUCUGACUGAAUCAGCAUCAAAAGCUUUAAGGGCAGAAACCUCAGAGAGGCUCCACACUGUGCUUAUGGAUGUCACUGACCCAGACAAUGUCAAGAAGACUGCCGAGUGGGUGAAAAGCCACGUUGGGGAAAAAGGUCUCUGGGGUCUGAUCAACAAUGCUGGGGUUCUUGGCGUGCUGGCUCCCACUGACUGGCUGACAGUGGAGGACUACAGAGAACCUAUAGAAGUGAACCUGUUCGGACUCAUCAGUGUGACGUUAAACAUGCUUCCUUUGGUCAAAAAAGCUCGAGGGAGGGUUAUCAAUGUCUCCAGCAUUGGGGGUCGUCUUGCAUUUUGCGGAGGAGGCUAUGUUCCAUCCAAAUAUGCAGUAGAAGGCUUCAAUGACAGCUUAAGACGGGACAUGAAAGCAUUUGGCGUGCACGUCUCUUGCAUCGAACCAGGAUUUUUCAAAACAGGAUUAUCAGAUCCAGUAAAGACUGCUGAAAAAAAACUUGCCAUCUGGAAGCAUCUGUCUCCAGAUAUCAAACAACAAUACGGAGAAGGCUACGUUGAAAAAUGUCUAAACAAACUGAAAGGCACUACAUCCUUUAUGAACAUGGACCUCUCCUUGGUGGUGGAGUGCAUGGACCAUGCCCUCACAAGUCUCUUCCCGAAGACCCAUUAUGCUGCUGGAAAAGAUGCCAAGACUUUCUGGAUACCUCUGUCUCACAUGCCAGCAUUUUUGCAAGACAUUUUAUUGAAACAGAAAGUCGCGCUGGCUAAUCCCAGGGCGGUGUGACUCAGCUGGCCACAAAUGUCUGCCCCAGGCUAUGCAUUUGGCUGAUAUCAAGGACACAUCUCCUUUUUCCUUUUUAAUCUCAUUCCUUAUCUAAUUCAACCUGGACUCGUUUACAUCAUGCCUCUUUUGAUAAUUAAGUGAUCCCACCAUCCCUGGCAAUGUCCCUGGAUCCCUUCUCAAGCCUUCCUCGAAAACAAGAGCAGGCAUGGUACUUGCCCAGUAUUUAGGUUUUGCCUGCUUGGUCUGAUGUAAGAGAAAUUGAAAGGUUUUCUCAUCCAAAAUGAUGUUCACCACAACUUACCCCACGCUCCCCUCCCUUAUUCCUGACUGUUAAAUAUCUGUCCCUUAUCAAAAUGUUCAGAGAUAGUAGAAUACUUUCCUAAAAGGAUUAGAUUGUCCUGUUAUCUUGCUGAGAAUAAGACUCGGAAGGACCGGAACUGAGUUCUAUAAGCUUUGAUGGGGGCGGGAGAAGGAAUAGUAAUGCAGCAUUAUGUGACUGGUAUAAGCUAAGGGAAGACUGCACAUGGGAGGGAAGAAAAAGGAAUAGAGAACUGAAAAAUGAAAUGGGUAUAGAAGUGGAGGCAGGGAGACUCCAAGACUAGCCUGCCUGCCCCAGAGGGGCUAAGGGCCAUAGAAGCCCACUCCAGGCGCUGUGAACACUGAUGCGCAUAGCCACCUGCUAGAAAAGUGGUAACAACAGAGCAACCAAAUAUUCCCAAAGAACAAAAAUGUAGGGAAUAUUUAAGUCUGUUCUGGUGAUUGUAAAUACGACAAGACUAAAAAUACCUGAUAUAAUUUACAAUUGAGAUGGUUGCAAAUUUGUAUCUGAGGUGUCUCUGGAGCCCCAUGAAG